AUGGCGCAGGCAAAUUUUACCGAAGAUGAAGACCAGAAAACAUUCAAGAAAAUAGACUGUUCGGCGGAAUUUUAUACCAGAGGGGUGAAUGGCGAGCUUAUCUUUCUUUCAUCUCUAAAUAUUAUUCUGUCCAUUGCUGCAUUUCUGGGGAACACUUUGAUCCUAGUCGCCCUAAACAAGGAAUCUUCACUUCACCUGCCGUCCAAACUCCUGUAUCGUAACCUAGCGAUAACUGAUCUCUGUGUUGGUAUCGUUGUGGGGCCUUUGGCUGUGAUUUAUUGGAUUUCUGUGUUGACGGAAAGAUGGGAUAUUUGCUUUUACGCAGAUUCGGCAGUAGGCUUCGCGGGUUAUACUUUGUGUUCAGUGUCUUUAUUCACAUUAACUGCAAUAAGCGUUGACAGACUUCUUGCCUUGUUGCUGGGUCUCAGAUACAGACAAGUUGUAACUUAUAAAAGAACAUGUAUAACUGCAAUUUUCUUUUGGAUUUUGUCCAUCGGUGGAUCUGCCUUUUUUUUUAUUCCAGUUAUUAUUUCAUCAUUUCAAUACUUAGUUACAGCUACAUGUCUAAUCACCACAAUCUUAUCUUACACAAAAAUUUUCUUCUUUCUGCGGCAUAACCAAAUUAAUGUUCACAAGCAUGUUACCCAAGGACAACUAAACCAGUCACUGAACAUGGUUCGAUACAGAAAGGCAGUGAGCAGUGCAUUGUGGGUGCAGGUAACAUUGCUAAUUUGUUAUCUGCCGUUUGGUAUAGCAGUAGCUUUGACACCUCAAAAGGAAUAUAGUUUAUCGGUUUACCUUGCUAGGCAAUUUACGUCUACUUUAAUUUUUUUAAACUCGUCGUUAAACCCGUUGCUGUACUGCUGGAAGAUCAGAGAAGUAAGGCAAGCUGUAAGAGAAACAUUAAGGCAACUCUUGUGUUUAUAA